CAGCAGAAUGAAACUCAUUUUCCAGUACAUAUGGAGCCUUCACCAAGAGAGACCACAGCACAGUGCAAGCUCGGUGGCCAUCACGAUGUUCUGGAAGUUUGACUUGAAUACCACGUCCCAUGUUGACAAGCUGCUGGACAAGGAGCACGUGACGCUGCAGGAGCUGAUGGACGAAGAUGACCUCCUGCAGGAGUGUAAGGCUCAAAACCGGAAGCUGCUGGACUUCCUGUGCAGGCAGCAGUGUAUGGAGGAGCUGGUGGGCCUCAUCACACAGGACCCGCCCCUGGACAUGGAAGAGAAGGUCCGCUUCAAGUUCCCCAACACAGCCUGUGAGCUCCUGACUUGCGACGUGCCGCAGAUUAGUGACAGACUAGGUGAGGAUGAGAGUCUGCUGCGCCUUCUGUGUAACUUCCUGGACCGGGAGCCCCCUCUCAACCCUCUGCUCGCCAGUUUUUUCAGCAAGACCAUCGGCAAUCUCAUCGUAAGAAAAACGGAACAGGUGAUUGCGUUCCUGAAGAAGAAGGACAAGUUCAUCAGCCUGGUGCUGAAGCACAUUGGCACCUCAGCCCUCAUGGAUCUGCUCUUGCGCCUGGUCAGCUGUGUGGAGCCAGCCGGGCUCCGGCAGGAAGUCCUGAACUGGCUGAAUGAAGAGAAGAUCAUCCAGCGACUUGUGGAGUUGAUCCAUCCGAGUCAGGAUGAGGAUAGGCAGUCGAAUGCGUCUCAGACUCUCUGUGACAUCAUUAGGCUGGGCAGAGACCAGGGCAGUCAGCUGCAAGAGGCUACGGAGCCAGACCCCCUCCUCACAGCGCUGGAGUCGCAGGACUGCGUGGAGCAGCUUCUGAAGAACAUGUUUGAUGGGGACCACACCGAGAGCUGCCUCGUCAGUGGGACCCAGGUGUUGCUCACCUUGUUGGAAACCAGGCGGGCUGGGACAGAGUGCGCAGUGGACUCCUUUUCUCAGGGACUGGAGCGAUCGUUCACCGUCAGCAGCAGCGUCCUGCAUGGCCUGGAGCCCAGGCUGAAGGACUUUCACCAGCUCCUGCUUCGCCCGCCAAAGAAAAAAGCGAUCCUGACCACCAUUGGCGUGCUGGAGGAGCCCCUGGGGAAUGCCCGUCUACACGGUGCCCGCCUCAUGGCUGCACUGCUGCACACAAACACGCCCAGCAUCAACCAGGAACUCUGCCGGCUCAACACCAUGGACUUACUGCUGGACUUGUUCUUCAAGUACACCUGGAAUAACUUUCUGCACUUCCAAGUGGAGCUCUGUGUCGCCGCUAUUCUCUCCCAUGCUGCUGCAGGAGCCGGUGGACCUGAAAGCAAGGAGGAGCCUCCGCGUCGGGAUGGAAAUGCGGUCAGAGAUCCGGAGACCCCCCAGCCCGCCACCAGCCUCCCUGAGAACACCAUGGUGACCCACCUGUUCCAGAAGUGCUGCCUGGUACAGAGAAUCCUGGAGGCGUGGGAAGCCAACGACCACACACAGGCAGCAGGUGGCAUGCGGCGUGGGAACAUGGGCCACCUCACGCGCAUCGCCAACGCCGUGGUGCAGAACCUGGAGCGGGGCCCUGUGCAGACACACAUCAGCGAGGUCAUCCGAGGGCUCCCUGCGGACUGCCGCGGCCGCUGGGAGAGCUUUGUGGAAGAGACCCUGGUGGAGACCAACCGCAGGAACACCAUGGAUCUGGUGGGCACUCACCACCUUCACUCCUCAAGCGAGGACGAGGACAUUGAGGGCGCUUUCCCUAACGAGCUGUCCCUUCAGCAGGCCUUCUCCGAGUACCAGAUACAGCAGAUGACGGCCAACUUCGUGGAUCAAUUCGGCUUCAACGAUGAGGAGUUUGCAGACCAGGACGACAACAUCAGCGCCCCGUUCGACAGGAUUGCAGAGAUCAACUUCAGCAUCGACGCUGAGGAGGACAGUCCCAGCGCGGCUCUGUUUGAGGCCUGCUGUGGUGACCGCAUCCAGCCCUUUGAUGACGAUGAGGAGGAGGACAUCUGGGAGGAUCAAGAGACUCGCGGUGCCACCCGGGUGAUGGCCAGAGCCAGGUUUGGUGCCCCCCUCGCCGCAGACAGCUGCUCCAAGAAGGAUCUGGAGCACAGAGGCCGAGAGAGGAAGGUGGACUGGGAAGCAGAUGGGGACGCACCUGCGGCAGGCACUGCCUCGGCCCCUGCCCCUGCACAAAACAAAGGCCUCCCCCUGCAGGGUGACUCAGAAGGCACAGCGUGGAUGGCGGUGUUCGAUGAGCCCGCGGCCCCAGGAGUGGCGCGAGACGUGGGUUCCAGCGUGUGGGCAGCCGGCGCUGCAGCUCCAGAGGAGAAAGGCUGGGCCAAGUUUGCUGACUUCCAGCCUUUCUGCUGCUCCGAGUCGGGGCCUCGGUGCAGCUCUCCCGUGGACACGAACCACAGCUGUGCUGAGGGCGCCAAGAGCCAGGGCCAGGAGCAAGCCUUCAGCCCGGCGUCCCCGUGCGCCUGGAACGUGUGUAUCCCCAGGAAGGGCCCCCUGAUGGCCUCUGACAGCAGCUCCUCGGGCUCCAGCGGCGAGGACAAGCAGCAGAAGGCGAUUGGUGUCGUGGAAGCCGCGAGCACGGGCCCUGGCUGGGAGACCUCCUUACUGCCCAGGACAGAGGCGGCUGCUGUUGGCAGGACCCAGUGUGUCGACAGCAGACCGCCAGACCCCACGUGCCCUGCACCCGUGGAGAUAACCAGGGCCCCAGCUGUGGCUGCCCCAACUGUCUCUUCUGCAAUGGCUGUGGUGGUCACCACAGCAGCCCCAGCAGUGGCGGCUGACCUGGGGACAGUGACAAAGGACAGGGAGACAGACACCCCGCCCGAGGGAGCUGCCUUGAACGGGCCCGUGUGACGCUGCUGUCGCCCGGCCAGGGCCAGCCCUUGGUCAGGCUGAAUCCUUAAUCAAGAAAACUACCUGGUGAUGCAAUUUUUUAAUUUAAUUUAACUUUAAAAUAAAUGCUGCAUUGGUGAAA